AUGCCAUUGACAGGAAUUAAUUCCAAAAAGUAGAGUUACUUAUUUCAAUUUUAAAAUAAAGGUUGGCAUGAAUCAUUAUACGUUUCAUAAAGUUAAAAUUAAAUUUAAUGGGUUCCCUUAAAGUUUAAAUAGCUUAUAGAGAAUAAACAGGAUUUUUUUUUUAAAGAACAUUUCAUAAAGAAAUCAUUUUAUGAAAAAUUAUCAAAUUAAUUACAUUAUGAAGAUAUUGGGAAUUAAAAUAAGUAUAAAUUAAUAUAAUUUUUGGAUUUUGAAUCUGUGGGUCAAAUUUUAGAUUUACUUUAAAAAUCUUAAUAAUUUAAAAUUAAACUAUCAAAUUAGGAAAGAUAAAUUGUGACUACAAAGAAUAAUGCAUUAGUUAUUGGUAGAAGUGGAACAGGAAAAACAACUAGCAUUGUCUUAAGAAUAUUUGCUACAGAAAUGUUAGUCAAAGUAAGAAGUAAAUUACUUGGUUAAAAAAGAAUAUAAUUUUUGUAGGAUUAUUAAGGAAAAGAUGUUUAAAUUCAUUCACUAUUUUCAACAGCAAAUAGAUUUUUAGUUUUGGAAGUGGAAAAAUAUUAUCAUAAAUUAGAAAGAUAAGCUCAAGAUGCUAUAAAUAAUCAUAGAGAAUCUAAAACAUUUAAUUUAGAUGAAUCAUUGUAAUUUAAUAUAUUUAUUAAAUUAGUGUCUCAAUUAAUGAAAGUGUUAUCUCAAAUUAUGAAUAUGAUGUACUAGAUUUUAUUUUACAAGAAGAAAAAUUCCAAUAGUCCAAGAAUAAUAAGAAUAAUGAAAUAUCUUAAAUAGAAUAAUAAAAAUUGAAUGAAACAUCAUUUUUAUUAACCAAAUUUCCUAGUUUUUUAUCAACAGAAUAGCUUUUAAUUUUGUUAGAUUAACAAUCUUUAAAUCCUUUUUUCUCUAUUGAAAAAAUUAAAAAAUUUCGACAAAAGCAUAGUAAUAAAAUUGGAUUCUAAGAUUUUAAUGGAAUAAAUCUAGAUGAAUGGUUUCCUUAAACUAAUAAUGUUUAAUAUUAAUCGUUUUCCUCAAAUAAAAUACUUGCAAAAUAAGAUGUAAUGGUACCUGAAGUUGAUUUUAUGUUAUUUUAUUUAUAAUUUUGGCCUUAAGUAUGUGGAAGAGGAAGAAACAAUUUUGAUAACAUAGCUCUUCCAUCAUUAAUAUGGACAUAGAUUUAUUCAUACAUUAAAGGCUCUUAAUAUUCUUAUAUAUAUCCAAAUAAAUGUCUACCUUUUCAGUUGUAUAAAGAAAGAGUUGAAAAUUAUUUGAGUGAAACAUAGAUAAUAGAAAUUUAUGAUUGUUUCUUAAAAUAUGAGAUUUGGAAGGAAAAAGAACAAUAUAUAGAUCAAUUAGACCUGAUCAAUUCAUUAUUACUUAAUUUAGAAUAAAAUUAAUUAAAUCGAUUUCCUAUUCACUAUUCUUAUAUAGAUGAAGUAUAAGAUUUACCUUCUGCUAUGAUUGAGCNAUUUUAAGUUUAAAAUAAAAUUUGGCCUGAAUCAUUAUAUUUUUAAUAAAGUUAGAAUUUAAUUUAAUGGAUUCCUUUAAAAUUUAAAUAACUUAUAGAAAAUAAAUCGGAUCUCUUAUUUAAAGGAUAGUUUAUAAAGAAAUCUUAUUAUGAAAAGUUAUAAAAUUAAUUUCAUUAUGAAUAGAUUGGAAAUUAAAAUAAGUAUAAAUUAAUAUAAUUUGUUGAUUUUGAAUCUGUAGGCAAAAUUUUAGAUUUAUUGUAAAGAUCUUAAUAAUUUAAAAUAAAACUAUCGGAUUAGGAAAGAUAAAUUGUUACUACAAAGAAUAAUGCAUUAGUUAUUGGUAGAAGUGGAACAGGAAAAACAACUAGUACUGUAUUAAGAAUAUUUGCUACAGAAAUGUUAGUAAAAGUAAGAAGCAAACUACUUGGUUAAAAAAGAAUAUAAUUUUUGUAAGAUUAUUAAGGAAAAGAAGUUUAAAUUCAUUCCUUAUUUUCAACUGCUAAUAAGUAUUUAGUAUAAGAAGUAGAAAAGUAUUAUCAUAAAUUAGAAAAAUAAGCUUAAGAAAUUAUAAAUAGUCAUAGAGAUUCAAAGACUUUUAAUUUAGAUGAAUCAUUGUAAUUUAAAACAUUUAAUAAAUUAGUGUUUCAAUUAAUGAAAGUGUCAUAUCAAACUAUGAAUCUGAUAUAUUAGAUUUUGUUUCACUUUAGCCAGAGGAAUAAUGCCCAUAUAAUCAAAAUAGAGGAAUUCAUUAAUAAGAUAAACAAAAUUUGAAUGAAUAAUCAUUGUAAUAAACUAAGUUUCCUUGUUUUUUAUCAACAGAAUAGCUUCUAAUUCUUUUAGAUAAAACAUCAUAAAAUCCAUUUUUCUCAAUCGAAAAAAUUAAUAAAUUUAGAUUAAAACACAGUAACAAAAUUGGAUUCUAAGAUUUUAAUGGAAUAAAUUUAGAUGAAUGGUUUCCUUAAAAUAAAAAUGUUUAAUCUUAAUCCUCUUUUUCAAAUGAUAUUCAACAUAAAUAAGAUAUCAUUUUACCUGAAGUUGAUUUUAUGUUAUUUUAUUUAUAAUUUUGGCCUUAGGUUUGUGGAAGAGGAAGAAACAAUUUUGAUAAUACUGCUCUUCCAUCAUUAAUAUGGACAUAGAUUUACUCAUAUAUAAAAGGUUCUUAAUAUUCAUAUAUUUACCCUAAUAGAUGUCUUCCUUUUCAUUUAUAUAAAGAAAGAGUUGGAAAUUAUUUAAGUGAAACAUAGAUGAUAGAAAUUUAUGAUUGCUUUUUAAAAUAUGAAAUUUGGAAAGAAAAAGAAUAAUAUAUAGAUCAAUUAGAUCUGAUUAAUCAAUUAUUAAUUAAUAUAGAAUAAAAUGAAUUAAUUCGAUUUCCUUUUCACUAUUCUUAUAUUGAUGAAGUGUAAGAUUUACCUUAAGCUAUGAUUGAACUAUUUUGUAAAAUAACAGAAUAAGGAAUAAUAUUUUGUGGUGAUUCAGCUUAAAGUAUUCUGAAGGGAGUAGGAUUUAGAUUUUCUGAUUUAUAAACUAUUUUUAAAACUUCAAAAAAGAUAGGGUCUAAUCAAUUAGAGAAAUUUUAAGUUUAUUAAUUAACCAAAAAUUUUAGAUCUCAUAAUAAUAUACUAUAAUUGGCAAAUUGUAUAAUUAUAAUACUUGAACUUUUAUUUCCUAAUAGUUUGGAUCACUUAUAAAAAGAAAUUUCUAAUCUAAAAGGUCCAAAACCUGUUAUUAUUUCAAAAAAUGAUCCUGCCUUAAUUUGUUUUUAUUUAAAUUAAUAUUAUGAUGCUGAAGAACAAUGUGAAAUAGAGUUUGGAUAUAAUCAAGUUAUAAUUGUUAAAAAUGAAGAAGCUAAAGAAACUCUUCCAUAAUACUUUAAAGCAGCUAGAGUACUUACAACUUACCAAACCAAAGGAUUAGAAUUUGAUGAUGUUAUUCUAUAUAAUUGUUUCAGUUCUGAUCCAAUUCCAGAAUAAUAAUGGGCCUUUUUAUCAUGUAUAGAUGUAGAUGAAUCAUAUAUUGACAAGCAAGUAUAUGAAGAAUCAAUAACAAGUAUAAAUAUAUAAAUAUAAUAGAAUUUGACGAUUAAAACAAUAAUUAUGAUAUAUAAUUAACUGAAGAUGGAUAAUAAGUUAUUUAAAAAAAAUUAAACUUAAAUUAAAGAUAUGACAAAAAGAAAAUAAAUUAUUAUUCAACCCUCUGUAAUGAGUUGAAAAUGUUAUAUGUUUGUAUUACUAGGGCUAAAAAGAGAGUUGUUAUAUAUGACGAUGACCCUUAAUAGAGAUUUCAUCUUGAAAAGAUUCUAAAGCAAUAUUAAGUUUGCGAUUUUAUAAGUAAUUAUGAUUAUCAAAUACCAUAAAAAAAGAAGUAGUUUAUUAUUUAGCAUCAAGUUUAAUAAUAGGAAAAUUAAUAAGAAUAUCAAAAAAGUUUGCCAAAAAUUUUAGACGAUGAGGAAAAAUAAAUGUGGGAAUCAUAAGGUUAACUUAUGUUUUAAAAAAAACUUUAUGAUGAAGCUGAAAAGUGUUUUAAGAAAUGUAAAAAUGAGAGAAUGGCUAUAUUAUCCAAAGCUUUCAUAUUUGCAACUAAAGGAUCUUAAAAAUUAGCUAAUUUUAAAUCGCAUAAAUUCUUAUUUAAAAAGAAAGGAACUUUGGAUUUAAAAAAAAAAAUGGAUGAAUUAGAAUUAUAACUAAAAUAAGAUUUUUAAUAAGCAAUCAUAUCUUUUUUAGAUCCUAAAGUUAAUGAUUUGAUAUAAACUGCUCAUUGUUAUUACUCAGGUAGGAUGUACAAAGAGAGCACUAUUUUGUAUUUAAAUUUAGAAUUAUAUCCCUAAGCAGCAAAAAGUGCAUAUAAGUUAAAAUAAAUUCCACUAGCAAUUAUUAUAUAUUAUCAUUUAAAUGAUCAUAUAAAUCUACUAAAAUUGCUAUCAAAUUAUUAAUAAUUAGACUUCCAAUAUGGGUUUUUCAAAUAUGAAUUCCUAAAAGAAUGUCUUUCUAAAGGCCUUAUAAAUAAAAAUGAAGUUAAAUAACAUCUAUUAGAUUUAUUUUAAGAUAAUUAACAAAAUAUUUUUCAUUUAUUAGUCUAGAAAUCAAAAAAUAUCGGUAAUACUAUAAUAAAUUAAAAUCGUUUUAUAUAAAAAUAUUUUUUAAAAGACAUAUUAGAUUAAGUUCCAAUACUAAACUUAUUUAGUUAUGAAAUAAAAAAUAUCCUUAAUUCUUAAAUUUAUAUCUAAGAUGAUUUAGAAGAGAUGGUAUAUACAGAAUUUCAAAUAUUUUGGGAACUUUAUUAUGAGAUAUUAGAUUCACAAAUGAUAAUCAAUCCAUAUUCAAAAUAAGAAAUCUUUUUGAUUAUUAAAUCAGAAUAAAGGAUACAUAAAAAUUAAUUAUUAAAAUAGUUUUUGAUUGAAGUUUUAGAGUAAUUAAAUUAACAUUAAGUAAUAAUAACUUUAUAUCCAGAAUAAUACUUAUAUUAUUAGAAUUUCGAUCAAAAAAAGUAACUUUAGGUAUCUCUUAUUGUUAAUCCAGGGGAUUAGAAUAUCUGCUAACACUUUUUAAGCAAUUAGAUGUCAAUUUUAUAGUUAUUAUUUUUAGAUGAAAUUGAUGUAUUAAGAAACACUAUUAUACACUAAAAUCAAGAGCAAAAGUUUUUCUAUCAAGAACUUAAUUAUUUAUUAUUAAGAAGGGAAUAACUUUUACUCAUUAAAGACAAAAAUUUAUUCCUUAUUAAGAGUUAUUAUAUACUCAGCUUAUAUUCUUAAAAUUUCAAAAAUUAUUAAAAUUAUUCAAAGCAUUGUUAGAAAUAUAAUUACCAACAGUAUUUGUAAUAAUAUGCUAAUUUACAUUUUCCAUAGGAAUUCAAAUUUUUUUUUAAACUUCACCUGAUUAUUGAAAGUGAUAAUGAUUUAAAACAGAAAGAUUUAUCAUAGUUAUUUAAUUAAAACAAUUAGAAACAAUAAUUUAUGAUUAUUUUACAUUUUUUUCAUAAUUACUAUUAGAAAUUUCAUGAUAAAAUCAUCAAAAAAUUAAAUUUUGAAUAGCUUUUAUUUUUAGGAAAAUUUUUACUUAUGGUAGUUCAUCUAUUUCAAAUUGAUUAUCAAGAUAAUUAGUAUAAUUAAGAUGUAUUUUUAUCUAUUUGUUCAAUAUUUGGAGUUUAUUGUUCUAGAUCAAAGUUUCUUAAUAUAUUUGGAUCAAGUAUGAUAUUUAAUAUUUUGAUUGAUGAUAAAUAAAGAUUAACUGUUUAAGAAAACUUUUAAAUUGAAUAAAAAAUUUAAAGCUAAAUCAAAUGGAAGGUAAAUUAAAUACCUUUUCUUGAAAUUUUAUUCAAUAACAUGAUCUAAAAUAAAGGCUAUGUUAAUAAUAAAUAAUAAUUAUUAUUAUAGAAAAACCCUACUUUUAUAUCCGAUCUAGUAUUCAUAAUUAAUAACAUAUGUCAUGAAAUUAAAAAUUUUGAUAUACCAUAAAAAAUACAUGUUAUUAAUCUAAUUCAAGCUAUACAAAUCUUAGAUUCAUUAAAAAUAUAAGUUCCGUAAUGUAUUAUUGAAAUAAUAGAAAAAAAAAAUUAUCAAUAUUUAAAAAGUUUAAUUGCUUUUUAUACAUUUUGCAAAAAUUAAAUAUCCACAAAAUCAUUAGAACAUUGGGUGAACUUUCAUAAAAAUAGAAAAUUAUUUGAAUACUAUCAUCCAGAAAUUUUAAAACAUGAGAUUAGUUAAAUAAUCUUGAUUAUGAUUCUUCUUUAAAAUGUUAAUUUAACAUUAAUUAAUAAAAAAGAUGAUUUUUAAGAAAUAAAUCUAAAAUAUUUGGUUCUAAAAAAUAAUUAUUAUAAUGAUGUUCAAUAAAAUGAUACUUAGCAUACAGAUGAAUAAGAUAAUUAAAAAAAAGAAUAAUAAUUUUCAGAAAUAAUGGAUACAGAAUAAAAGUAGGAUUUGAAUUAAGAUGAUAGUUAAGAAUAAAAAAAUUAACU